AUUUUAUCCAGCCAUAAAUUUUGCCCUUUAAAUGUUUAAAAUAAAAAUUUUAAAGGUAUAAAAACACUUAAGGGUGAAAAAUGCAACAGGCAGCAAUGCAUAAAAUGCAGAGUUUGAAAGGAGAAAAAUUCCGAGAUAUUUCAGAGGCAGAAUCAGGGGAUGAAAGAAACUCGUAUCCAGGAGGGUGCUGAUGGCAAUUUGUGCUCAUCACAUGAACAGAUCAAAGGAUAAGCACAAGCUGGAUGCACGUUGCUUGAAUGUAAAAAUUACAUCAAACAUAGAACUGUCUCCUCUUCCUUUAGGUUGUGACCCAAAAGCCAGCUCUCUAAAUUAAUAUGGCUACUGCCCAAAUCAUGCAUGUCGGCCAGAAGCAUAAAACCUUGAAGGAAACGGCCCUCUUUCCGAGCCGAAUUGCUUCUGAGCAAGAGUCCCUGAUUCUGGUGAAAAGGUUGCUUGCAGUUUCCAUUUCCUGCAUCAGUUACCUCCGAGGUCUCUUCCCGGAAAGCUCUUAUGGAACCUGCUAUUUAGAAGAUAUAUGUUUAAAGAUACUCAGAGAAGAUAAAAGUUGCCAAGGAUCACUUCAGGUAGUAAAAUGGAUCCAGGGAUGUUUUGAUGCUCUGGAAAAGAACUACCUACAUAUGGCAGUUUUGGCAAUCUAUACCAAUCCCAAAGACCCUGAGCGCUUGACAGAAUUUUAUCAGUUCAAAUUCAAAUACUCAAAGAAUGGACCCCAGAUGGACUUUGCUAGUUCUCAAGUCAGCUUUCACAAUGGAACAAAUGGUGAAGAAAUUAAAAAAGCCAGUAUCCUAUUGAUCCGCAAAUUAUAUAUAUUGAUGCAGCAUCUUGGGCCCCUACCCAAUGAUAUUACUUUGACCAUGAAACUGUUCUAUUACAAAGAUGUCACGCCCAUUGAUUACCAGCCCCAUGGCUUCAAGGAAGGCGAAAGCUCAGAUGGUCUUCUUUUUGAUGGUGACCCUGUGAACCUCAAAGUAGGAUCUGUUUCCACUGGAUUCCAUGUGUUGAAAGUGAGGGUCACAACAGAUAGCAAAAGGAUGGGGAUGCUGGAGAACGGUCUAGUGGAAGAGAAUGGUCCCACUGAAAUCUCCCACCAAGGUUUAGACUGUGAUGAUGAUGAAGAAGAAGAAGAGGACAGCACUAAAGUACCAGAACAGAAACAAUCAGAAAGGAUGGAGCUGAAGAGACAGAGACAGAGAAAGAAUGCGGUACUAAGACACCUCACAAAGUCCAAGAAAAACACAUGGCAAAUGGACUUUGCUUCCAGCCAAGAAAACACGAGUGCACCAAAGAAGAAGAAAAAGAAAGUCAGCACAACACUUGAUUUGAUUCUUGCCCCUCAAAAGUUAUGACAGCCUCAGAAGCAAUAGCUAUAGCUGUAAUGCACCUGAACAGUAGUAUCUGACCUGUUACCUACCUGGGGUAAAUUUCUACAGACAGCAUAUAUUUGGGACAAUGGCAACUUUGAGCCCAGUUGGAAUAGGGAAAAAAUGGGGUCCUAUUAGCUCAGCUGCCUUGAAGCUAUAUAAACAUUUUGCCAUUUGUGAAGGCAUCUUUCAUUCUUGUCUUUGUAAUGUCAAUGUAAUGAGAUUGUAUCACCCUGUCAGUUAACAGUUUAUACUAUAUAAAUACAGUUUAUAAUAUAUAAAUACUAAAUACAGCUAAACUAUAGGACGGUACCUUUGUAUCAUCGUGCUUCCCUGGGCACAAAAUGUCCAGAGAUGUUUGUUGUGGAUUAUUUUACAUGGAGGAGAAUACAUUGGAGAUGUGUUUGUGUUCUGUGUGUUCUCCCGUUUUCUCUUUAUUUUUUAAUAAAUACAGAAG